GAUAAUUAUUGAGAGUGAGAGAGGGGUGGGCACGAGCAGGCAUCGUUUUCCUUGUCGUCACAGCGCGUGCAGUUUAAAAGCCCGUGCGCGCUCAGCUGACAAACCAAAGUUCGUCCCUCUCUUGGAAAUACAACACGGGAGCGCACGGGGAGCGCUUUGCUUUUGCAGACACCAGCAGAAACACUCAAACGCUUGCCCUCUGAAAGCGAGCGCCGCGAUUCAGUGGAUUUGCAGGAAUUAAUAGCUGGAAAGUAUUUUGGGAAGGCGAAGCGUUCAGUCGGGAGUGCCGUACGAAUUCUCUGAGAUUGUCCAUCUACAGUCUGCGCAUGAAUCUACUAGAUCCCUACCUGAAAAUGACAGAUGAGCAAGAGAAGUGUCUGUCUGAUGCCCCAAGUCCGAGCAUGUCCGAGGACUCCGCGGGCUCCCCGGGCUCCGGAUCGGGCUCCGACACGGAGAACACCCGCCCGGCCGAGAACAGCCUCAUAGCUCCGGACGGGACGCUCGGCGAGUUCAAGAAGAACGAAGACGACAAGUUCCCGGUGUGCAUCCGAGACGCGGUGUCUCAGGUGCUGAAAGGGUACGACUGGACGCUCGUGCCCAUGCCGGUGAGGGUGAACGGCUCGAGCAAAAACAAGCCGCACGUGAAGAGACCGAUGAACGCGUUUAUGGUGUGGGCGCAAGCGGCGCGCAGGAAGCUCGCGGAUCAAUACCCGCACCUCCACAACGCCGAGCUCAGCAAAACUCUGGGCAAACUUUGGAGAUUGCUGAACGAGGGCGAAAAGCGUCCCUUCGUGGAGGAGGCUGAGCGCCUCAGGGUUCAGCACAAGAAAGAUCACCCCGACUACAAGUAUCAGCCUCGGCGGAGGAAGUCGGUGAAGAACGGCCAGAGCGAGUCUGAGGACGGCAGCGAGCAGACUCACAUCUCCCCGAAUGCCAUCUUCAAAGCCCUCCAGCAAGCCGACUCGCCCGCGUCCAGCAUGGGAGAGGUGCACUCGCCCAGCGAGCACUCAGGCCAGUCUCAAGGGCCGCCCACUCCUCCCACCACCCCAAAAACUGACGUGCAGUCAGGCAAAGUGGAUCUGAAGCGAGAGGCCCGUCCGCUUCAGGAAAGCACAGGGCGUCCGCUCAACAUCGACUUCCGCGACGUUGACAUCGGCGAGCUCAGCAACGACGUCAUCGAAACUUUCGACGUCAACGAGUUUGACCAGUACCUGCCGCCGAACGGGCACGCCACCAACGCAUCCUACAUGGCCGGCUACGCCACCUGGAUGGGGAAGCCUCAAAACGGCAGCCCUCCAAGCGCCCAGCUGACUCCACUCGGGACGGGCGGCGCCAGGGAUCAAGACCAACCGAGAACGACGCACAUCAAAACCGAACAGCUCAGUCCCAGCCACUACAACGAGCAGCAGCAGGGCUCGCCACAGCAUGUCAGCUACGGCUCCUUCAACCUCCAGCACUACAGUACUUCGUUCCCAUCAAUCACCCGGGCGCAGUACGACUACUCUGACCACCAGGGCGGUGCCAACUCCUAUUACACCCACGCUGGAGGUCAAAGCUCCGGCUUGUACUCCACCUUCAGCUACAUGAGCUCCAGCCAGAGGCCCAUGUACACACCCAUCGCUGACACUGCCGGGGUUCCUUCCAUUCCCCAAUCCAACCACAGUCCCCAGCAUUGGGACCAGCAGCCGGUCUACACACAGCUGUCCAGACCCUGAGGACUCGCCGUCACGCGCCCACCGUCGGGACUCAUUCCGCAUCAUUCCACUCUCUUUAAAACA